AUGGUGAAGACGAAGAAGACGAAGAUGAGGCUGUGGUUGUUGGUGGAUCGGCGGCGGGAAGAAGAACGGAAACCCAGCCGGAAAAAGGCUAGCAGAGCCACAAGGCCACAGAGCCGCAAGACGAGAAAGACGCAGAGCAAGAGUAGAAGAGUAGAAGGAGAAGUAGACGAGAGCAAAGACGAAAGACGAAGACGCAGAGAAGAAGACGAGGAAGAGGCCGAGAGUAGCAGCCGCAUCCGCCGAGUUAUUUAA